AAACUGGCAGACGAGAAGGAUCCCUCUCAAACUCAGAUCACCAACUUCCAUCCAGGCGCCCUUCUGACAGACCAAGUUCGGGAGAAGGGGAUGGCAGAAUCGAUAUCAAAUUGGGACGAUAUGAGUCUUCCCGGAUCUUUUGCCGUCUGGUGCGCGUCGGAUGAAGCUGCCUUUUUGCAUGGUCGAUUUGUGUGGUCGGCUUGGGAUGUCGAGGAGUUGAAGAGUGGACCGAUCAGGGAUAGGCUUGACAAAGACCGUCAAUUCCUUCGCAUUGGCGUUCAUGGUUUGUAG